GGUCAUAAAUAUGUAAAGCGUUGAUUGAGUGGUAGAAGUACUCGGGCGCUGAUGCUGACAACAACCUGUUUUUUAGUGUCACGAUGACAACUAGACUGCUUCUGCUUCUGUGUCUGACAGGACAUGUGUUUGCCAGAGAAACACCCGACGUGGACUGUUUGGUGGUGAACCUACAACAUGUUCAAUGUUCCUGGGAUAAGGAGGGGACUCCAGAAGUCAAUUACACCUUCUACGGCGGGUUCUCCUCAAACCUCAGUGAGUGCCCCACCUAUCUGUCGGAGAACAAUACCAACACUGGAUGUAAACAGCCCUAUAAAGAGGCCGAGAGGUUCCAGACAUUUUACAGCAUACUUCAACGUGGCCAACAGAACCGUUCGAAGAAGUAUCAGCUUAGAACCAAAGUCAAGUUAAAUCCACCAACUAACGUGACUGCUAAGAAUGAAUCUGACUCCAACCUGUGGGUCAGAUGGAUUCCGAGCACAUUCCCGAAGAUCGAUUGUGUGCAGAAUGAGGUUCGCUACAGGAUCAACAACAGGAAGUGGGCGGCUUUUCAGGUUCAUAGUGGGGUGAAUGUUUACUGCAUCAACUUGCCCUCGAGGAGUUCCCUGUAUGAGGUGCAAGUGAGGAGCCGAAUAUCGUAUGUUUGUGGAGAGUCUGAUUUCUGGAGUGACUGGAGUGAGCCUGUGCUCUGGGGAUCCAACAAUAGCACAGAACCCAAUCAGAUGUUGAUGCCCGUGUGGACCCCAGUGCUCUACGUGGUGGGGGCUUUCAUCCUCAUCCUACUGGUCAUGAUGUUGCUGCACCAUGAAAGGAUCAGAAUCAUCUUCAUCCCUGUGGUUCCCAAGCCAUCUCCGAAGCUUCACAACAUCGAGGAUUGGUUUCAAUUCCCUAAAGGCCUGAAAGAGAGUUUUAACUACAAUGAGCGUCCCUGUAUUGUCCGUGAGUACUGCCAUGUUUCUCAAGUCUCUGUCUCCGAACCUGAGAGCGAAUGGGACCAGUCCAACUCCUGCUCCUCUUCUACCACCACAGUCUUGUCCGAGGAAGGGAUGGGUUCUGUUUAGGAGGUAUCUCCUUUAAAAACAUGCUUCAUGGUAUGAUCAUAUAACAAGUGCUUGUCAACCCUGCAACAAUUUUUACUCUAGAUUUUUUUUUUUUUUUUGUGGUCUGCAUAUUUCAAGCUCCCCUGGCAUAAAAAACGACAUGUAGAACUUUCACUUCCUCCGAGCCCUGUUUCUGUUGACGUUAGUAAAAUUUGCAAAGAAGUAAGCACAAUUAUUCGUAAAACCUAAACUUUAUAACAUUCUAAGUUUGUACCACGUUUCUGUCAUUAGUCAUAAAACCCAGCAUUACCAUUUUAACAUUAAUGUAACCGCCGAGUAGGAGGAGGAACAGCCCCAAGAAAAAUCCAUGGAUUAUAUUUGUAAUAACAAAACAAGAGGGCAAUCCUGGGGUGAUUUCAAGGGUGAUGAAAUAGUAAAAUCACUGACUUCUCUUUUAGCUUCAGUCAGUUUUUUUUUCCGGUGGUACAUUUUUUGCCUAAUUUUAGUUUAGUAAUAUGGUUUUGAAUGUUUAUUGAUAUAUGUGUAUGUUAUAUCUUCAACCUUUUAUAAGAUAUUGUGUAAUGAAACCAAGCCAUGUGCCUAAAUCCCCAAAUUAUUAGCAUAUUUAAAUGUGAUUUUAACUUAGAACUCAAAUGGCUUGUUCAAGAUGUAUAGUUGUGUGUUUAGUAGCAUUUGUACAAGUAAUAACUAACUGGUUUUUGAAAUGUUUUAUUGCAUUGAUGACAUCUAAUAUCCCAAUAUUCACAAUGCAUUUAAGUGAGAAAAAACACAAUAUGUUUUUGGCAAGAAGACAGCAUUCAUUAGUGACUCAUUCUGCAAGUCGUAGUACUAUUUUAUAACAAUGUGUUCUUUAUAAAAGGUUUAUAAACUGUAGUUAAUGAGCUAUCGGCUUCAUCAAUGGUUAAAAAUCUUCACUUACUAACUGUCAUCGGCAAAUUGGGGGUGGCAACUCUGGAAAUAUCUUACAACUGCUACAAUG